AAUCAACCGGUCGCCCCCUGCCGCCCCUACUGUGCGACUCGCACUACUGCGGCUGGUCUGCGGAAGCUCCGCCCCGCUACUUCCCUAGCCAAUUCCGACAUCCGGGGCUUACGCCACAACCCCACCCUCCCGGAGCUUUUAUUCUUCUCAGUGAGGCCUUGGGCGGGGUUUCAUACAGCUCACGUCCACUUCCCGGGAGCACUGACCAAGGUCGCCCUAGAGGGUCCCUCGCUCCAGGACACGGGAACUGGCACCCCCACCAGCGCUGCGACGGCUCCCGCCCUUGAUCUCGGCCCCUGUGCCGAAUCCCCGGGAGCUCGCGCUCCGUCUUGUCUCCGCGCCCCCUCCCCGGGUCCCCGCCUUUCGCCCCUUCCCCAUUCCUAGCAUGUCCAACCUGCCGAGAGUCGUCCUGAAACCCCCCGAGGACGUUUCAGGCAGCGCUGCCCCGCCAUGUAUUGCAGGCUGCAUGUACCAAGUAGUUCAGACAACUGGCCUGGAUGGAAAAAAUCUUCUGAAAUUGCUUCCAAUUCCUAAUUCUUCUGGAAACCUUAUGCCACUAGUUCAAUCUUCAGUCACAUCUGAUACUUCAAAGGGGAAUAUAUCAAAUCCAGUUCAUGUUACUAUUCAGACUCAACUUGCUAGCACUCCUACAACUGCCUCCAUUCAGUUUCCUGUUUUUCAGACAACCAAUUCUGGAAAUUAUUUCCUUUCAAGAGCAGUUGAUAAAUCUGAAAAUGUUAGAGUAGCCUCUGUGGGGAAAGAAAGUUUGCCUUCAGCUUCAACAGCUCAGAAUAGUGCUAUGAAAGGUGAAAAACUGGCCUUGCAAAAAAUUGCUGUUUCUCCCUCAACUACUCAAGGUGACACAGCAUACAUGUUAGUAAAUACUAAGAACCUCCCAGUGACUGUGAAGUCUCCUGUAUUACCAUAUGGGCACCAUUUACAGAUUCCAGCCAAUGCUGAAGUAAAAUCUGUACCAGCAUCGUCUUUGCCACCUCCAAUUCAGCAGAAGAUACUUGCAGCUGCAGCUACAAACACCUCAGGAACAGCAGAAGCUUCAAAGGUACCAACUGUUAUUUAUGUGUCUCCAGUAAACACAGUAAAAUCUGUAGUUUCUAAGACCUUUAAAAAUAUUUGUCCCAAACCUGCAAAUGCUACAGAAGCUGCAAAGCCCAUGGUUCUAAACACUUCACAAACACCAGUGAAAAAUCCUGCUACAGAUGUAUCUAAUAAUGAAGGCCAGCAAUCUCGAGAUACGCCAAUGAAAUGGGUUGUACGAGAAAAUCCACAGUGUUCGCCUUGUCUUGUUCCUGUCAAGUCUUCAAACAACAUGGCUUCAAAAAUCUUAAAAACAUUGAUGGAUAUGAAGAAUGUUGAAACUAGUUCUCUUGCUAUGCCUUCAUUAUGUUCAGGCACUUCUAGUGGAACUCAAGCAAAAAUUACUCCCAUUAAAGAUAAUGCUUUGGUUAUGUUUAAUGGGAAAGUCUAUCUGCUGGCUAAGAAGGGGUCAGAAGUUUUGCCAUCUCAAACUGAUCAACAGAAUUCUGCUGCUCCUGAUGCAUCAUCAAGAAAAGACAUAUCACAAAUACCUAAUUCCAACUCAGUCACAAAAAUCACAAAUGAGGUUGUAAAUAUUGUUUUGGCAAAAAAUAAGACUGCUUCCCCCAAGGAGACAAAAUUGAUUUCGGAUACACAACUUGCUUCUGGGCCGAGUCUGGAGAAGAAUAAUAAAGUGGAGUGUACUUCUCUUUCUGCCCAAAGUUCACAUAAGCAACCCCUCUGUCUAGAGCAGUGUAAGACCAUGCACAUAAAACUAAACUUACCAAAUGUGGUCAGUUCAGCGCAAAAUGCCAAAAAAGAAACAAGUGUCAGCCACACGAAAGAUUCUUCUGAUGAUACAACUAUUACAUCAAAACACUGUGUUUACGCAGAUCAAGAACCAAAGAACCAGGGUGAGAUGGCGUUUGUAUUGGAGACACAUACUCAAAGCAGAAGUCGAAAGGAAUCACGUCGGAGGGAGUAUGCUGAAUUAAGAAAGAAUUUUGGUAUCACAAAAGAUUUGAGAGUGCGCCUCACCCGAAUUCCUCUGUUGGACUCCACAAGUUUAUAUUCUCCUAGCAGUUUGACAAACAGUGUUUCUUCCAAAGAGUCAAAGAUUAUUGUGGAUCUAACAUCAGGGAAAGAGGAAGAGAACCAGGAGCUUACAUUACAACAGGACUUGGAGAAGAAAAGAAAAGCAAAAACUGUUUUGAAAGUGGACAGCACCAAGAGGAAGAAAUUGGGGAAUGAUGUGAACCCAUCUAUGGACACAGGAACUGAUUACACCAGUCCUCAGAUUCUUAACAGUAUUUCACCUGAUUCAGCUUUAUUGCCACAGAGUAAUAAUAAUAACCUCAUUGAUUGCACGAAGUCCAGUGAAGAGAACUCUCCUGAGCUAGAACUACAUGCUCAAGAUGGCCUCGACAGAGGUACAGAUAGUCCAGCCUCCGUUUCUUUUGAACAGGAGCCUCCAGAUAGUCAAGAUUGUUAUAUUGAUGAUAGUUUCCCUACCACAUUGCCAGAAUUGGAUGAAACUAUACGAGAUGAAAAAAUUAAAAGACUUAAGCAGCUACUGAAAGAAAGAGAAGCAGCUCUUGAAGAAAUUCGUAAAAAGAUGCAACAAAGUUAAAACGUAGCUGUUGACUUGAAAAGAUCUUAAUGAAGUGUUUAUUUCCUC